CUACUUAUAACGGUAUGUUAACUAUUCAGUUGUAAAGAAGUGUGGGUCUUUAAUUAUUCUGUUAUUAGUCAUUCUUAAUAUUUCUGGAAUAUGAGUGAAUAUGAUGUACCGAAACUUUUAACAACCAAUGGGUUGUGUACUCUAUGCCAAAGGAGGGCCGAAUGGAUUUGUCAGCGUUGCUUAGAUUUUUAUUGCUCACCGGAAUGCCAACGAAGUGAUUGGCAGCGACACCGUUAUAUUUGCUUUUCCAUGCCUGGCUUAAUGCCCGCUGGUCAUAUAAAGACGGUACCACAAGAUCUGCGAUUGAGACGUACUACAAUUACUAAACAUAUGGAUCGUGAUCAGUUAUCCUCAUCUUCGAAAGCAAAGUUUUUGCAUAUAAAUUCUAAAGGAUCAGUUGGGGAAAACAUUUCUAUCGAUGGAACUAGAGAAAUAAUUUCUUUGCCCAAAAUACAUAAAUUAUCUGAACCCGUUGUUAUAAUGGGCUUCACAUCGACUAAUAUAUGUUUAGUUCGACUUGUAAAAGACUCUGAUCGACAUCUUUCUACUUUAAACAAAAUAGAUGCACUUGGAAAAAGAGCUCCUUUGAUAGACAUUUGCCCACCAGUUAAUGCAGUGGCUCUUACUUUGUUUAAUGAUAUGAUGAGUCGAGUUGAAAUACUAUCCAUUCCUGAUGAAAAACAUGUUGAAGUUCUGUAUUAUGAUUAUGGGGCAAUGGGGAUUGUCCAACUAUCCGAUCUACGUAUUGCAACAGAGGAUAUUCUAAAGUUACCUCGUUUUUCUAUUAUGGUUAAACUUAUUAAUGUAGGUGAAAGUCCCAUUAAUGAAAAAAUUGUGAAUUUUCUUGGAGAAUUCGAAGGUAUGGAAUGUCAAAUGCGUUAUUGCUCUGAGUUUGGUAACAUUGUAGAGGUAGAACUCACAAACUUGGAUACAGGGAAAAUAAUAAAUGAAGAAAUUAUGAAAUAUCACUCAAUCAUGGAUGUUGCGAGGACGCCACCUAUAAAUUACUCAACGAGCGAGAAGCGGCGUGAAACAGUUGAAAGUAGGGCGGUGAAUGAUAAGAACAAAGAUGAACUGUUGGUGGAUUUAUAUCAAGAUGUGCCUUGUCAGGCACAAGUUGAAACAAUUGUGCCGAAUAAAUCUGUAGGAAAUAUUGAAGAUGAACCAAUUCUUUCACCCCCUUUCGAUAUAUAUGUGUUUCAACCAGAUUUAGCAAAAUUUAAGGUCAUAGUCUUGGAUACUUCAGCAUUAAGUUACGGUUACGUGGGAUGUAUAGCCGAAACAGAUCUAAAAUAUUUGGUCACUGUUCAAGAAUAUUUAAAUCGAUAUACAGAUAAUAAACAGUAUUAUAGCCCAAAACUGCAUGAAUACUGUCUGGCGAGAUUCGAAAACGAAUGGUACAGAGCCAGGGUAGUAAAAGUUGUUGAUCGCACAAAGUAUACUGUCGUUUAUUUGGAUUUUACUAAUGAAAGCAUAUUGACUUCCAAAGAUAUCCGACGCUAUCCUAUUGAUUUAAAUGAGUCAUGUCGUACGAACCUCUGCUUAAUUGACGGAUUGCCCACAUCUCUAAAAACAGAGCAUGUCAACUUUUUAAAAAAGGAAAUAACUACAGAAAGUAAACUACUUAUUAAUAAAGUGAAAGAAGUUGUGCAACAAAUUGUUGUAGUUGAAUGCCAAGAUAUAAUUACAAAAAUGGUUAAUAUGGGGCUAAUUUAAGAAUUUCACAUUUCCCUAAUGUGGUUUUUUUUACCAGUGAAAUAAAAUUUAUGUAAAUGAUUUGUUUUUUUAUUUGUAUGCAUAUAUUUGUAAACUUUGUGGUCACUAUGUUGCAUAGUUGGCGAUAGUCGCAUAUCACCCCGUUCCGAAAGAACAAUGUACAAUAUUUCUAUUGAAAGUCUUAACUUCCUUGGUGUGUCUCCAGAAAAACGUUGUGUUAAUAGAUAAACAUAUUUUUUUGGACUGGAUAAUUUAUAGAAUUUGAGACUAAUGAAGCGAUAACUUUAAAAUAAUGAUAAGACAGAAAGAACUGAAAAUGUGAAUUUGUGUAGAAAAAAGGAGAGACGUUUGAAAAUUUUGAAUAAAAAUUCGAAAUUUUUUAUUCCAAAUAUUCAGUAUUUGUUAAAGUAAUGAAAAGACGGUCUUAUAAAAAAGGAGCGCCUCAGGCAAAAAAUCUGAUUAAAAUAUCGUAAUAUGUUUAUGUUAUGUAAAUAUGAGAGUAAUAUUAAUUUUAAAUAUAAUUUAAAGUACAUAUACUUUUUUAUAUUUUUUAGCGUUUAUAGAAAUAAGUUUUCAAUAUACGUUUACUGUAUGAAAGUUGA